ACUGACCUCUGCCUCCACAUCUGCGAUGUCCGUGCAGCAGCUCGUACUCCUGACCUUCUCCCUGACCUUCUCCCAGGGCGACUGUACGUUCCCUAGCAACCACUGGGGUGAAUGGAACGACUCCCAGCUUCAGCCGACCAUUCAGAAGCUCAUGAAGGGAUACAACCGCUACCUCAGGCCAAAUUUCAAUGAGGGUCCUGUGGAAAUCGGAAUGAGUCUGGAUAUUGCCAGUAUCGACGCCAUCUCUGAAAUCAACAUGGAUUACACCGCCACCAUCUUCCUCCGCCAGCGCUGGCGUGACUCCAGGCUGGUGUUCCCGGGGAACGAGAGCGUGAGCGUGGACGGCCGUCUGGUGUCGCUGCUCUGGAUCCCGGACACCUUCAUCCCCGACUCCAAGCGCUCGUUCCUGCACGACGUCACGGUGGAGAACCGCCUCAUACGCAUCUUCAGCAACGGCACCGUCCUCUACGCCCUGCGCAUCACGGCUACGAUUGCCUGCAACAUGGACCUGACCAAGUAUCCCAUGGACAAACAGGUGUGCACCCUGCAGCUGGAGAGCUGGGGCUACAACCUUCAAGACGUGGUCUUCUAUUGGACCAGAGGGAACGAUUCGGUGAAGGGCCUGGACACACUGCGGCUGGCUCAGUACAGCGUGGAGAGCUAUUACACCUCAGUGUCGCGGGCUGUGUAUGAGACAGGACAUUACCCCAAGCUGGUGCUGCAUUUUUCACUCCGCAGAAAUGUGCUGUUCUUCAUCUUGGAGACGUAUGUGCCUUCGAUCCUGCUGGUGGUUCUCUCAUGGGUGUCUUUUUGGAUCAGCCAGUCGUCUGUACCAGCGAGGACCUGCAUCGGUGUGACCACAGUUCUGACGAUGACGACUCUGAUGAUGGGUGCCAGGACUUCCCUGCCCAACGCCAACUGCUUCAUCAAGGCCAUAGAUGUUUACUUGGGCAUCUGUUUCACGUUCAUCUUCGGCGCCCUGCUGGAGUACGCCUGCGCUCACUUCUACACCAUGCAGCACCAGACCAUAGAGGAUUUGCACAGAGAGCUUCUGAGGGAUUUCAGCGAGUCCAACGGGAAUGGCUCCAUCCCCAUCGUCAGCUCCAGCCAGCCCAACCAGUCCGUGGAGGUGGGCUCCAGCGCAGAGCAGUCGGCGGCGCAGGCGGCCAACAGCGACGCGCAGAACCACGCCGGCUCCAAAGACAAGGCGCCCGGCCAGGGCUGCGGCCUGUCGUCCGUGAAGGAUGCGUCGCGCCGCGCCGCAUCCGUCUUCAUUGUGGAAAAUCCACACAACAUCGAUCGCAGAGCCCGCACCGUUUUCCCCACGGCGUUCCUCUUCGUCAAUAUCCUGUACUGGCUCUACUAUCUCUUCCUCUGAGCGCCGCCUCCAAACUAAGGAAAAGUUAACGUUACGACCCUGAAGCUGCUCUACCUCCUCAUUUGAGAACCAGCACCAGUCACCACGGCCCGGAUCGGAGCUGGUCUGAUACAAACGCUUUGUAGCAUCCUCACAAAAUCCUUCAGAGCUACAAAUUCAU